AUGGAGAUGAUCACCAGCUCAAAGCAACAUGCAGCACUACUGUGCAGCCCAGGCAUGGGCCACCUCAUCCCAGUCCUCGAGCUCGGAAAACGACUUGUCACGCAUCAAAACUUCACUGUCACAAUCUUUGUCAUCUCAUCUCACACCUCUGAUGCCGAGUCUCAACUCAUUAACACAGCAGCAAACCCAAAACUCUGCCGAGUCGUCGAACUACCACUGCCAGACAUUUCCGGCCUUGUUGCCCCAGAUGCCGCUGUCGUGACAAUCCUUGCGGUCACGAUGCGAGAAGUACGACAUGCGUUCCGGUCAGCCUUACGUGCCAUGGAGUUUUGUCCCACCGUGCUAAUCGUAGACCUAUUUGGCACCGAAUCAUUUUCCAUCGCCGAUGAGUUUGGGAUUCCAAAAUAUGUUUAUAUCCCUUGUAGUGCAUGGUUUCUCUCCUUCAUGAUUUAUGGUCCAACCCUAGAUUUGGAAGUCAAAGGGGAGUUCACCAAACAAAAAGAGCCAAUCAAAAUCCCGGGCUGUAGGUCCAUACUUCCACAAGUAGAUGUCGUUGACUCUUUUCAGAACCGGACCCAUCAGCAAUACUUUGACUUUGUUGAGAUUUGUAGUCAGACUUCGAAGGGUGAUGGUGUUCUGGUGAACAUUUGGGAGGAUCUAGAGCCCAACACUCUUGCAGCACUUAGAGAUGAGAAAUUAUUGGGCCGGUACACAAAUAUGCCCGUGUUUCCAAUUGGGCCGCUCAUGAGGCCCAAUAAGCCAACCGGUUUGAUGGGAAAGGUGUUUGAUUGGCUUGACAUGCAACUAAAUGAGUCCGUGAUUUAUGUGUCGUUCGGAAGCGGAGGGACUUUGUCGUUCGAGCAAAUGACCGAACUCGCUUGGGGUUUAGAGCUGAGUCAACAAAGGUUCAUUGGGGUGAUACGCCCACCUACCUUAACCGCAGAUGGUGCCUUUUUCACCGGUGGAAGCGGUAGUGAUGACAAUAACCCAAUAAAGUACUUGCCCAAAGGGUUCUUGGACCGGACCAAGGACACUGGGUUCAUCAUCCCUUUGUGGGCCCCACAAGUGGACAUUUUGGUCCAUCCAGCAAUUGGAGGGUUUUUGUCGCAUUGUGGUUGGAACUCAAUCUUAGAGAGCAUCACCAACGGAGUACCCAUGAUCGCUUGGCCACUCUACGCAGAGCAGAGGAUGAACGCCACAUUGUUAAUAGAGGAGCUUGGUGUGGCAGUUCGGUCUAAGAUACCACCGUGGAAGAAAGUGGUGGAGAGGGAGGAGAUAGAGGAAAUGGUGAGAAAGAUCAUGGAGGACAAAGAAGGUUUUGCGUUGAGAGAUAGAGUCAAGAAGAUAAAAGAAAGUGGUGCAAAAGCCUUGGAAAAGGGAGGUUCCUCUCACAAUGCCCUUUCUCAAUUUGCAAAGCACAGUGAGCUAAUGUGCAUGAACUUUGUCAAUGGCGGAGAGUGAUCAUCAUAUGGUUCCUUCCAGGAGACAGAAGAUGUUUUUGUGAUAGUUUGUUGUGUUCUAAUAUGUGUGUUUGAGGUUGCUUUUAGCAUUAUGAUGCAUGAAAAUCAGGAAGUGUGCUGCAAAUUAGUUGCGUUAAAUCAUGUUUGCCUUGUUUCAGUAUGAUAAUUUGUGUAAUAUACGUGACUAUAAUAAUGA